AUGUCAAAUCAAAAUAGAAAUAUCAUUAUCGAAGAUGAUGCAAGCCGCACCAGAGUAGUUGCCAUGGCAGUUAGAGAGGCAUGUGAAAUUGCAUAUCUAAAAAAGACACAACAAGAUUGGGAGGCUGCUUGCCAAGCAAUUUUAGAAAAUGAAUUAUUGACAAGAACAGAAAAAUCAACAAUCAUUUCAUUAUAUGACGUUUUAAAGUGGCAUCUUAGAUUUUGA